AUGCCGCCAACAACCCCAAAGACUGAGGACGAUGGAAUGUCAAUGGCACUUGUGCUUGCUAUGCCGUCUGAGACGAAGUUGUUCACUAGCCUGGGUUUUCAGAUGUCCACCUUCAAGGUCAGCGAAUAUCCUAACCAGCGCUUCUAUUCCGUCCACAAGAACCUUCUUACGCAGAUCGGGGGAAAGUUGAAAAAGCAAGCCAAGGAUCUCAGACAAAGCCAACUGAUCGAAAUUCCCAACGUUGAUCCUCAGAUCUUUGGCUUCUUGGUGGAUUAUCUUUACAGAGACACGGUCCAAACUGUCAAGAUUGACUCCAACAGCAUCGAACAACACACAACACUUACGAAUCUCUGUGUCUACUACGCAUUCCUUGAACGUAUGCAAGUUCGAUACAAGUUGCUGAACAAAGUCAUGGACAGCAUCCAGGACGGGUUUUGCAUCACCGGUACAAUGCCAGACCCCGAAUUUUGUAAGAGUAUAUUCGCAAAUACCACGCCUGACUCCCAACUUCGCAAGUUCGGUGUGGCAUGCGCAGCCGCUGGAUUCUUACAAUCAAAUACGACUUCCGAGCAACUUGUCGCAUUUCUCAAGGACGAGGAAUUUGCUUAUGGAUUUUUGGAUGCUCUUCGCUGGUUGGACCGUGACGUCGACCCUCGGGUCAGAGAAGUAGUUCAAGGUUUGGCUUUUGACGGCAACGAAAACUUUCAUGCUGGAUUACCACCAUGCAUCUUUCAUAUCCAUGGACCUGCUCCAAGUGAGAGAAAGGCAAGAGCUACCAAAGAUAAGCAACUGGCAAAGAUGGAGAGUGGAAAGUCCGCGAAUGAAAAGGCAGUGGUUAGAGAGAUGGAGAAAUGUCAUUUGUCUCGUUGA